AUUAUCUUUAUUCAUAAAAAUGAAGGUUGUACCGACAUAUAAAAGCUGUGUAACCAUUAUUGGCACCAAUCAGUUAGAAAACUAGCAGCAGAUACCACCAUGAAAGCUUUCGUUGCCUUCUUCUUCUUCUUCGUCGCCAUCUCAAUGGCCAGUGCCUCCUUGUGGGGAGGAGUAUUAGGAGGAACUUUGGUUGGACCUGGUGCCCCUGGUGUUUUAAUCAAGGGACCUGCUGCUCAAGGGGCUCUUAUUGGACCUGACGGAAGCCACAUCGCUGCCGUAGCUGACGCAGGUGCUCUUGCUGCUGCCCCACUUCCAGGUGGUGUUGUAUCCGGUGCUGUUGCUCCAGGAGUCAUUGGUAUUGGACACGGUCAUCUUUGGUAAAGUUAAAUGACUACCAUCGCCGCCACCAUGCCAAAAAGCGCAGGAGCAAAUCUCUUCUCUGCUGUGUUCUAUUUCUUCUUUCUUUCUUUACCAUUUUCUAUCUGUACAUGAAUGUUUUUGUCACUGUUCCCUCCAGUUGUUACCUUUGUCUCUACUUCUUUUCAAUUUUAUUUCACCUUUCAGCACCAAUAAACACUUAAACUAAA